CUUCCUGAUCUGGGUGGACAUGCUGAUAUCAAGAGUGCAGACGACAUGGACGUCACAGGUAUCUUAAACCUAAUGUACUGGUGCAGUCACUUUACCAUUCCUCAGGCUUUGAUUAAAGAUGUCCGCGACAUUCGAAACGACAAAUGGGUGCAUGUGCCGAGGCUUGAGUUACCCGAUGCAGAGAAGACUGUCGCUUUUGACUCCAUUGAAAACCUGCUGAGGAGUCCUCACUUAGCCAUAGAUCCAGACGCACAGAGCGCGCUCAGAGAAAUCGAAAAUCUUAAGAAUGUUUCAGACUUGCACAUUUUCGAGGCCCAGGUAGUAGCAGAGCUUAUUAAAGUGCUGAACAAGGAGAUUUCACACGUGACGCAACAGUCCCAAACCAGCCAGGAGCAGUUGGACCAAACAAAACAACUAGUUUUGCUUUUAGAAAUGAGAUUGGAAAGCCUGGAGAAAAAGAACGACAUGUCAUCACUUUUUUGUUUCGUACUAAAAGUUUUGGAAAGCUUGCUCGGUACCCUCGCUAGAAAUCUCAAACGGAUCAGACAAGCCUUGGUAAUAUGGCUACUAAUGGCUACCUGUUUCAGCCUCUUUGUAAAGCUGGAUGAUGACACUUUUAUCCGAGACGGCUGCCCCUCCGAAGAUUUUAGUGUCCUAUUUGAAACUAGAGAGUUUGGUUGGUUUGACUACUUGAAAAGUGCAAAAGAGGGCUUCAUCGGUCGUAGUUGGCUUUAUCGAGAGCUGGAAUCUGUUCUCAGUCGUCCGGUCCAAGAAAAUGGUAUAACUGGAGUUCUGAUUAUCGGAGAUCCAGGAACUGGAAAGUCUGCCCUUUCUGCCCAGUUAGUUUGCUCCCGUACAUCAAGUCGCACCAUUCAUGACCAUAUAUUGGGAUAUCAUCUGUGUAAGCAUUCUGACAAGAAUACACAAAGUGCAGGCAAGUUCGUUCGUAAUUUAGCUGGGAUGAUAGCACGGAGAAUCCCCGAAUAUGAUUUCCUUGUCUCCAACAGCUCAUACAUUCUGCGUUCACUACAUACUGACUGUGUGAACAAUCAAGAUCCAAUGGGUUGUUUUGAACAAGCAGUCUUGUCACCGUUGAAAAGCCUCACGAAUGUACCUAGAGAAAAUUGGUAUUUAGUAAUUGAUGCUAUAGAUGAAUGCCUCACACAAACAGAAUUUAGACAAAGUAUCGUAUAUUUGCUCAACAACAAACUUUCUCGUUUUCCAUCUUGGCUAAAGCUUGUGAUGACAUCUCGCAAUGAAUCCACCAUUUCCUUUAAUGUAAGAAGUAUCAAGAGGUUAAUCAUUGACCCUGAAGACUCUAGAAACACUGAAGAUAUCGAACUAUUUUUGACUACUCGGUUUUAUCAAAACGGUCCUUUGCUCAACAGCGUUAAAGCUUGGUUUGGAGAUGCAAGCCUAGAAAACACAGACAGGUUGAUUUCUAUUUUGUUAAGCAAAAGCCAGGGAAAUUUCCUGUUUGUUAAAGAAAUGAUCCGUCACUGGGAAGCUUCAAGAAAUAUAAAAAGUGAUCCGUAUGCAUUGCCUGAAACGUUAGAAGAGUUGUAUCAUAAUUACUUCCAAAGAUUAUACCAUGGAGAGGAACAUUUCAAACCUGUGAGACAGAUUUUAGAAUUACUCGUGGCAACUUUUCAGCCACUUACGCCGAAAGAAAUCUUUGACAUUCUUAGAGUUCAGGAGGCAAACCUGGAACAAGAGUAUGAUUUUCAAAAUAGAGUGAAGGAGCUUGGACAUUUUCUGAGAUACGGAAAGGAUGAUACAGUAACACUGUAUCACUUGUCUUUAACCGAGUGGCUUACAAGCGACAAUGUCAGAAAUGGGAAAUUUUACGUAAGUAGGAAAAAAGGACACAAUGCACUUUGUGAUUUUUACUUUAAAUGUGUUACCGAGGGAGGAAAGCGUGCGUUAUUAAAGUACAGUCUCCCUUUGGCGCAACACAUCGCUUAUGGCGGUUGGAAGGAGGCAUACGUAGAAAAAUUUCUCAGAUUUCCUUCUCAGGUUGUCAAUUCGUCGAAUCCUGAAAGUAAUAGGACGGUUUUGCACCUUGCAGCCACCAUAAAUAACACAGACGUGCUUGAGUUUCUGUUGCGCCACUUUAGUGACAUCGAUUCCGCCGACAAUUUUGGAAAAACACCCGCAUUUUUAGCGGCUGAGCAUGGACUUGUCGACAAUCUUGCGUUAAUGGUAAAGAAAGGAGCCAAUGUUAAUAUAAAAACAAAAUCGCUUUCGUCGCUGGAUUUCGAAAGUUACCGUAACAUUCCCGAUUUAGUUUUGGAAUCGAAAUUGAAGUUGAGGGGGGCGACUAUGCUUCACGCUGCAGCUCAUGCAGGCCAUCUGAAGGUUGUAAAUUUCCUUCUAGACAACGAAGCUUUUACUUCCGUAGUAAACGAAGUUAAUCUAACGGCACUUCAGAUAGCCGCUGAGAAAGGACAUUUAGAAGUUGUGAAGGUAUUACAUAAAGCAGGUGAAGUUGCCGAUCAAACCGCUCUGCAUCAUGCAGCACAAAACAACAAGUUAGGUGUGGUAAAAUACCUUUUGGAUAUUGGUGUCAAAGACACAUGCAUGAGAUGUGAUGGCUCUUUUUAUUGGUUGAAGUCGGAAAGGCACCGGUUACAGUCUAGAACUAAACUUACAACUAUUUUUCCCAAUGUUUUUAAUGAUAUCCAAGAGUUCGCUAUAGUCUCGUAUGGUGAGUUAUGGGAUGAUAAACAUUUAGUCUAUUGCGAAACUGCGCUCCACACGGCAAUUUCUUCAGGCCAUAAUAAGGUAGUCAAGGAGCUUAUAUCUAAAGACAAAAGUGCGCUGGCGUGUCAGGAUUAUUCAGGAAGAACACCCUUACACGAAGCUGCUCGAAGAAACAACAGGGAAAUAGUGAUUACUCUGCUUGAGGAAGAUCAGACAGAAAUAGAUUCAACAUGCGGCUACGAGGAUAAUCAAUUUGAAAGUUUUUAUUUUCUUAGUAUGAGUCACAAAGAAUUGAUGGAAUAUAAAAAAGAUACAUGUUCUCGUGGAUAUACACCUCUUCACUUGGCCGCAAGGUAUGGACACUGGGAAAUUGCAACCGAUCUCCUACUAAACAGGGCAAUGGUUGGGGCUAAAGACGGUCUGGGAGUGACUCCACUUCAUAUAGCCGCUUGUCAUAAUCACCAAAAUAUGGUGGAGGUCCUUCUUAAGUUCGGUGCUAACAUCAGUAGCAAAACCUUGAACGGAUCGACGCCUCUUCAUAGCGCUGCAGCAUGUAGAGCUUUGGAGGUAACUGACCAGUUAGUUUACCAUGGAGCGAUCCUUGAUGCUGCUGAUGACAAUAACCUCACAGCAUUGCAUUAUUGUAUCCUUGACGUACAUUCUAACCAUUUCAGAGGUCAUCCCAGGCUUGCAAAGUUUUACGAUGAUGAUAAGAACUACGUAAGGAACACAAACUUUUUCCAGUGGCUGGAUGUUUUUAUCAAUUUGAUGAUACUCGGUUCCAAUAUAAAUGCAGUCGAUGUACAUGGUCGGUCGGUGCUGCAUCUAGCUGCUAAAAAUGGUUUGGCCGACGCUGUCAACGUCCUCAUGCAAGGAAAGUCACAGUUUGACGUUUUCGAUAAGUCUGGUGAAACACCAUUGGCGGCAGCUAUCAAGAACGUCGCAGUGGGACCAAAGCAAUGGAUGUUUACGACUGGAGAUACCAUAGAUCAGCUUCAAGAACAUCUAAGUGAUCACGAAAUGGUGGUAUAUCUUCUUCUCUCAUCUGGAGCGUCAUUGACGAAUUGUAAUCAUUCUAGGGUGAGCUUGCUAAACCAUGCUAUUAUGAAAAAUCGGCUGCUUAUCGUUCAGCUUCUGCUAUUUAAAGGAGCAAGUGUCAACUGUAAAGAUAACCAAGGAAGGACACCUCUCCUAACUUACCUUCAAGUUGGUAGUGACUGGGUAGACGUGGUCCUUAAACGGUUCAAUGCUUCAGUUGAUAUAAAGUGUGGAGAGCCAUUCAACAUCUCUGAGUUACAUUUGAUUUGUUAUACCCCUCCGAGCAUGGUGAAUGAUAAUUUUUUCCAACAAAUCUCUUGUAACGAUAACUCGUGCUCCUCUAGAACAGGACCUUUAUUCACAGCAAUUGAAAACCACCCUUUGAAGUACAAACUAAUCGAUUCCUGUCUAGAUGCUGAAGGAUUUGCACCUUUACACAGAGCAGCGCAAGGAGCAAAUACAGUUGCUGUUUCCAACCUCAUAAGGCUGGGUGCAAACCAGAGUUCGCUUAGCCCCGAUGGGUACGAUGCUUUGACACUAGCUCUUCUCCAUGCUGGGAAUACCUCAUGGUGGUUUCCCGACCAAUAUCGUGACUUGAAAUUUUACAAAGCUUCUGUUAUUGCACUGGACCUUCUUCGCCAUAAAAUGAAAACAAGUGGCUUCCAAAUCAUAUGUGACUCCAGUAAAGCUGAGCUGACCCUAUACCACUUGGCAGCCUCUCGAGGCCUUCUACACUUUAUUAGGGGGAUUUUUCAUGAUAAAGACUUUCAUCAGUUAGAUGUUGAUUGUCCUAACAGAGAUGGAAUAACACCAUUGUACUUAGCGAAGUUAUCGAGCAACCGCGAGGAGGAUGGUAUGUUUAAAUAUUCAAACCCUUGGGCCGGGGUUGUGGAGUUUAUUGAGAACCUAGGAGGUCAGAUGCAGUAUCCUCGUAGACAUGCCGAAUACAAUGUCAUCUAUUAUAGGUUGUACGACUGGAUUCCGAAGGAAGCAAAGUUAAAUUUAAGACCCGGUGUCCGUAAUUUCUUCGCCGAAUAUCUGUCUUCUCUUGGUCAUGGGCAUGUGACUUCUAUGAGUUGUGAGUCUAUAAUUUCACGCGAAUUGGAGUUACGUUUUGAAAAUUUUCGGCUUCCUACUUUUGCAGAAUUAAUCAAACAACUUCUGCUUUCAAAACGUCGAGGUUUUCCUCUAAGGAUACCAAACCUCGUCUGCGUAAAUGAACUUAAGAGGUUGUCUUUAUGGCUUGACAGAUAUUUAGAUUCUAGCCAUGCAUAUGGUGAGUUAAAAUCUUCUGAGUUAGAAUUGAAACUUUUUUAUAUGAUCAGAGCCUUUCAUGAGGAAAGAUUUGUCUUGUUACCUUGUUACAAGAUGGCUUUUUCUAAAUAUCGACCAUAUUUCGUGGAUAAGAUAAAAAUUCAAACACUUAUAAAACAGUAUGAAGAUAGCAUGUUGCUAAACCAGUUAAGCAGAGUCUGUACUGUAGUCACACUCAGCAAAUUUUUCAGAACGUUUUGGCCAAUUUUCUAUAAUAAAUAUUAUAGCGGAGAGAUCAGAGACCAGAACUAUCCAGACUUCAUAAGAGAGCGAAUGGGAUGGCAAACAAGUAGCCAAGGGAUACGUACAUUUUUUAAACAUUGGCCAGCCGAGUUCAUCAUUAAAUUUACGCUGGGGAUGUACCGUCAGUAUGAUUAUCUUAAAAUUCUUGACGUUGGAUUGAAACCAGGGUCUCGUGUUUCAAUACAGAAUGGAACUUGAAGUAAUGAUGAA